GCUUAUUCAUGUCAAAACGAAAGCUGUUUACAAAAUUUAUAAAGGUGGUGAACACUACUAAACAGUGCUCAUUGAAAGACAUGUAUAAUACAGUGACAUAUAAUUUGCCGUUUGACUUAUCUUUGGUGUAUGAUUUUAAUACCGUAGAUUUUCAACAGACAGCUAUACUUUGACAUAUACCAUGAUCGUUGGAUUCAGCAAUGCCAAGGGCCAAUUUUAUAGUCUUUUGACGGGCUUUAAGUUUUUUGAUAAGGCCUUUAUAUAGAUCAACAAUCUGGAUACAGUUGGCGAUAUUUCGGAAAUCAAAAGAUCUCGCUAUUUCGUUGCAAUUCCACAUCUCAUCAAUAAAUAAAUUCUUUUGGUCCGAGUAUCAGGAUAAACUUUAAUACUAAAUAAAUAACAACCACACUGUUCGGUCUAGAGAUAUAUAUUUCCUUGUAGGUUUAAUCACAGUUUAAUAUUGCCACGCUGCACAAGCGGCAAGCGUGCUUUCUUUGGCAAGUCUAUAAUGAAAUCUGAUCCAACUUGCUUGAAUUGUAACUCGACACCAGAUUAUAGAGUAGAACGUCACGACAUAAAUAUAAUUCAAGAGUUCUCUUUAUAAUUACGAUUUCUUGUUGCAAAUUUAACAGUAAAUUUCAUCACCCAAAGUUGCAAUUUUAAGACGCUACAAACACUCUCCUUUCCCACCCCUCUCACAGUUACAAUUAAAUUUACCUCCCAGAAUCUGGGAGGCACGUGACCAGCCGCAGCCAGGGUCUCUCCCAGAUGACAGACGGAGAGACCCUGGGAACGAGGUUGCCAUAUGGCGUCAUUCUGGCGUCAGCAAAGGCCGAAAUCCGCCAUGUUUUUGCGGACACUUUUUGAUGCCGAGCACGUCCUCCAGUAAUAUAGUAUAGCUCAGUGUUGUUUAUGGACAUGGCUGCUCAUUUCAUAUUUCAUGUUAUCUGAUGUUUCUAAAUGGCGGAUAGCAAGACAGAUGUUGCCCAUACACUAGCUGAUGCCUUGCAGAAAAUAGAAAAUAUAUUAUCAGAUGAUCGAAAUCAGGGACAUUAUUUAACAGAAGAAGCACUUUAUCAAAAUGGCUGCGACGAUCCUGUUGACUUACCUGUGAAAAUAAAGAACCUAACCAUUGAACUUGGGUCAUGUGUUAAACGUUUAGAUCCGUCUCAAAACUUUGAUAAUAAAAUAACUAUUCCGGUAGAUACCGUUGACAUAUUGGUAAAAUGGUUACAAGAGUUUGAAGUAAGUAAAAGGUGUUUGAUUUAAGUGUUAACAUGAUCUGUUAUUAUACUUGUCAACAUGUCAACUUUGACAAUAUUUCAUUCACAGCCAGAGAAUAAACAACAAAUACUAAAUCAUGAUACUUCGGGAGAACUCCACAAGUGUCGUAAAACGAUUUCACGGCUUGAAAAUGAGAAAGAUUCACUUUUACUCCAAGUCAGUGUAUUAACUGAUCAGGUUGAAGUACAAGGAGAAAAAAUGAGAGAGCUCGAGUUCUUGAGAGAUGAACUACAAAUUAAAUUGACAGAUUUGGAGGAAACUGUUAAGGAGGUAUUUACUAGUUCUCCAUGACUCCUCUAUAUUGCAUUGAUAUUCAUAUUGGAAUAUUAACAUGAAAUAUCAGUAUCAGUAAUUUGUUGCCUAUACAACCGAUAUUUGUCUGUGCAUACACUAUUGGCAACAUGAAAUGUAGGAUCAAUAGACCCUUCUGGAAAGUAUGUCACUUUGGCUAUAUAUAGAUCCUCAGUUUCGUGAUUGAGAUGCUUUGAUUUACCUAAUGUCACAUUCAUAGAAACAAGGCUCUUUGGCCAAAUGACAUACUUUCCGGAAGGGUGUAUUGACGUACUGUAUACAAUCCCCUACACAAUCUAGCUAGUGCACAACAGAACUGCCCCAUUCAUUUAAGGCGAUUUUCCACUAGGCGAAAUUUUUCGAUUGAACCGAAAUUUCUGUUUAGAAUCCAUCUGAGUGCUUGUAAGACAAAAGAAAAUUUCGAUUUGGUCGAAAAAUUUCACCUCGUGGAAAACCGCCUUUAGGUUUGUCUUUUAUUUUUGCGAGAUUGUCCAAUUCAUAAAUUUAAGUCAUCCUGAGUAAAUAUAACAGCAUUUAUUAACCCAUUAAGUUGCAUUGCACUCUAAUGUACCCUACUUUAUUAUUUUACUCUGUCUAAUACCAGAUGGUUUUACUUGUCAAGGGGAGAGUGCUGGCAUUCAAUGGGUGACAGAAUAAGGCAGCUCAAUAUUGUAGUAUAGUAUUAACUAAUUAGGGACCGUAUACCUCAAUUGAUCCAAAGAAUAUUUAUUGUUCAUUUUGCAAAUGAAGGAACAAUCAGUUUAGCACAAAUGCAUGACAUAAUAUAAUUUACUUGAAUCAGUGCAAAUGCUUUGCCAGAUGUACAGUCUUGUCUAUUUUUUUGUUUACUAUACAUGUUUGCUUUUUUGAAUUUGUAAAUUGGAGUGGACAUGUAGCUAUUAUACUCAUAAAUGCAAUUAGCACAAAACAUCCAGACAUCAAAAACUGAUGCAAGGCAAGAUACACAAGAAUGAAUACACCUGUAAAAGGCAUAAAAGACUGCAUGAGUGAAUUACUGAAUUCUGGAGAAAUGCAAACACUGUCAAGAAUAGUGUGCUGCCUCACUAUGCUCAGCAGCAAUAUAAACAAUAAACAAUUAUUCAAUGAGCAUGAUAUCAAGAAUUAUUCAGACCUAGGUCAAUGUUAUGUGCCAAAGUGAAGCUGAGGCUUAGAUAAGUGCAGGUAGACCAGUUCACUGUUUCACACCAGGGACCGGUUGUAUAAAACUCUUAAUCACUUUUUUAAUCACUAUUUUGUAGUUAAAUAGUGAUUAAGUCUCAAAUACACGCUUCUGAUUGGAUGACGUUUGCACUUAAUUAUUAGUUAACUUUAAUCACUUUUUUAUACAACCGGCCCUAGUUGUUUAGUGGAGUUCCACAGCUUAGAUCAGUUCAAAUCCACAUAGUUCCAUCAACCCACAUCAGGCCUGUUAGAGAGCGAGAAAAGGGGACAGGGAAGGGAUAUUCAUGGAAGUCUCUAGCAGAAGCUCUAUACAGUGGCAACCAUGGGGUGAUGGCCUUUCUAGCACAAAUCUGUGAUCAAUUGUGACUAUUUAGAUACAGCACUGCUUUCCCUGAUCAGGGAACAGGGUGAGAAAAGAAGCCCUAAACAUUAUUUGCUCACAUUUGAAACAAGGCUGCCGCUGUCUGCUAAUCAAGUAAUUCACCCCUAGAUCACGAAUCCAGUAAUUCAGAUCUAGUUCACGAACAGUAAGAAACUCAAUCUCUGCUCUUGGAAUGUAUACUAGAAUGCAAAACAUCACAUAUCUCUAUUGCACUGCAGAACUUUGACAUAAACUGGUUCUUGCAGGUUUAUCACAGGCCGUCGUUUUUACAGACCAUUGUGUGAUCCGUUACGAGUGUAAUGCAUUUGUUGAAAUUCCAAAAACAAAGAGUCAAAAUUUGUUUACAACUACAAAAAGGGCAACUUUGAAGGUUCAUGUUCCUCCUUAUCUACCAUUGACUUAACUUUGUGCAUAGAACAUGACAAUAUUAACGACGAUUGGAAAUCUUGGAGAAAUACUUUUCUUGGCGCUGUUUCGAAAUAUGUCCCAUGCAAAAAACUAAAAGGACGAAAACAACUGUCCUGGAUAAACGGAACGAUCUACAUCUGAUUAAGAAAAAGAACACUGUGCGGAAAAAAGUAAGAUCGUCCCCAACGAGUCAUCUACGUGAAAAAUUUAAACAUCUACGUGCCACGAUUAAACGUAUAUGUUACGCGACAGUCGAGAGCAAUUUUAUGUGUCUUUGGGGAACAACUUCCAAGAGAAUCCAAAACGAUUUUGGUCCGCAAUGAAACAUCAGUCCAAAACGCGCAAUAUCCCAGAUACAAUCUCUACAGCUGGAACAAAGAACGAUCAAGAAUCCCAGUCACCCAGGAUCAAAGUUGACAACCCUGAUGAUAUCACGUCCAUGUUUAACAGCUACUUUGCAUCAAUAUUUGACUCUGAUGACUCUUUGAGGGAAGAAACCAGCCAUGAACUCGAGAUGCCAGUCUUGUCUGAGAUCAUUCUGACAGUUGAGGAAAUUCAGGCAGUUCCUGAAACACUGCCUGUUACAAAAGCCACAGGACCUGACAACGUCCCAGCCCUUCUGCUCAAAGAAACAGCUCCUGUUAUUUCAAUGUCUUUGUGCACGCUUUUUAAUAAGUCCCUAAGUCAAGGUGCUUUCCCAGAAGACUGGAAAAUCGCCAACAUAUUUCCUGUGUACAAGAAAGAUGAAAAGGAAUAUGCUGAAAACUACCGGCCAAUCUCACUCCUUUCAAUUGUGUCGAAAGUUUUGGAACGCUGCGUCUUUUAUAACAUCAGGGAGCAGCUGUACCAGGUAAUUAAGACCUCGCAGCACGGAUUCAUUAGAGGAAAAUCAUGCAUUACCAAUCUUCUCGAAGUUCUCAACUAUAUUGGCUCGAUUUUGGGUGUUGAAGGUCAAGUCGAUGCUGUGUAUCUUGACAUGUCUAAGGCGUUUGACAAGGUAAACCAUAAACAUCUUCUGCACAAAUUACGAAUGGCUGGAUUUAGAGGUAGUCUCUUGCAGUGGUUUCAAUCUUAUACCUAACCAAUCGCCAUCAACGUGUAACUGCACAAGGUUCCACCUCUACUACCCUACCAAUUACAUCAGGUGUACCUCAUGCGUCUAUCUUCGGUCCAGUCCUAUUCAACCUCUAUGUCAACGACCUUCCACAUACAAUUACAUCUAGCCAGGUUGCUAUGUUUGCUGAUGAUACAAAACUGUUUAAAAACAUCAAAGACAGCGAACAGCUUCAAAACGAUCUCAAACAUUUAGAAACUUGGUCAGAACGUAUAACAAUAACAACCAAUAACAUUUAAUUACAAAUUUAUUUAUUUUUUUAUUUAUUUAUUAGUUUCGCCAUAUUACAAUACACAAAACUAUAACAAGAACAAGAAUAAUAUGCAUGACUAUAGGCAGGGUGACCGCAACAGCGUGAGCUAAUUACUGCGGGCCCGAAUUAGGACAUACAAACAUAAAAAUAUAAAUAAUAGCAGCACUUAAGAGACUGAACCAGAAUUCUGAACCAGAGUUCGAGCGGUAUAACACUUGGUACAUAUAGUUUUGAAUGUUCUUGGAUUUUCAGGAUCGUAGGAAAUUUCCAAAGCACGGAAGUAAUAACUUAGAAUAGUAGAUUUAAAUGAUGUCAUGUUAAGUUUCAGUUCGUCAGCUGGGCUGUUCCACACCCUGGUUGUUCGAAUUAGAAACGAGCGUUUAUGCGUCGUUGUUUUGUUCCUGUCAUUACAAACUUAGGUAUGUCCGUGUUUAUAGACGAUCUGAUCGGUCUGGCGCUUCGGGUUUUUGGUACUACAGAAGGUUCUAUUAUUACCAGAUUGUUCACCAUUUUAAAGAAAAAAACCAAAUCUAAAAACUCAUGCCAGUAACAUAAGGAAGUAAUGAUAAAGAUUGUAAUCGCGAGGUAUAACUGCCUGGACUGGAAAGCGGCAGAUUGGGAAUAAAUUUCGUGGCACGUCUUUGAACUUUUUCCAAUCUUGCAAUUAGGUUGAUGGACUGUGGCGACCAGAUCUGGGUGGCAUAUCCUAAGUGAGGGCGUACUAAUGUUAAAUACAAUGCCCUCCUCACGCUGGUGUUUUGAAUGAACCGUGCGUUCCGUUUGAUAUAACCUAGCAACUUGUUAGCACGGGAAGAUUGUUCUACUACUUGAUUAUUCCAGGUGAGAUAGUUGACAUCCAGACGCCAAGAUGUCGUUCCGAUUUUGUUAUUUCUAGAGUUUCACCCUUCAUCUUGUAUGUAGUCGCCACUGGCUUCGUUUUACGAGUGAUAGACAGCGACCGACAUUUACUUUGAUUAAAGGGGAGACCGGAAGUCGAAGACCAGGAUUCUAAGUUGGAUAAGUCCUGUUGGAGUAAUUUCGUAUCGUUUAUUGAUGCGAUAGACUUAAAUAUUUUCGUAAACUUAGUACCGACUGAAUGUGAACGAGAUCUCGGUGUUUUUGUGAUAAAAAGUUAACCUGGAACAGACAGGUGUAAGAGCAGUUGGAAAAAUCAAAUACACCUUUGCGUUACGGCAUCAGAAGAUCCACACUGUAUAUCCACAACGAGGAAGUGAGACGCACAUCAUACCCUGCACUAGUUCGGCCACACCUGGGGUAUGCUACCCAAAUAUGGGCACCACAAUCCAUCGAACUAAUACGCCACCUUGAACGAACACAAAGAAGAGCAACCAAAUAUAUCCUCAGUCUUCCAUUUUCCUCCACUGACUAAACCGCCAGACUUCAAACCUUAGGCCUCUUACCGAUCUGCUAUUGGCAUCAAUAUCUAGACAUGGUACUCUUUUAUAAAAUAACUCACAAACUAGUAAUCAUCGAAGCAUCACUACAUCUAACUAUCCGCACUUCCACAUCCACUAUAGAUCCUCCGCCAAUAACAGUCCUAAGUUCGUUGUGCCAAAACGCAAAACGGUAACAUAUCAAAGAUUUUACAUGAUUCGGGCAACUCGAAUAAAAUUAUGGAACCAUCUCGUUGAUGAACUUAAUUUGAAUACGGAUAGUCUGUCGUCAUUUAAGUCCGCAAUAUUUAAGUAUCGUCAUUUAAGUCCGCAAUGUUUAAGUAUUAUAUUUCCUCUUUGUACUUGUGUUACGAUGUUGAGGAUCCUCGUAGUUAUAUGAAACUAUAUGUCCUAAGUGUAAUUCUGUUCGUAGUCUCACAGCGUCAUUAUUAUGCUGUAUGUAGGAACUGUUAGUACUGUUCUUUGUUGUUUAAUUUACUGUAUGUAUUGUUGUAAUCCUGGAAAUCUCUCAGGGAUGCUGCUACCUAUGUUACAUUCUUGGAAAUCCUCAGACUAACUAUGACGGUCAGCUUUAUUUGCCUUGGCAGUACUGAUUGAAAUGAACGCGUUAUAUAUACCUAACCAGCGUUCAUUUGUUGUUACAUUAAACGUAGAACAAGCACCAUGAUCAGGGGCCGGUUGUAUAAAAACGUAGUUAGCGCUAACUGCAGUUAAAAAGUAGUUAACUCUUUUUCGUUCGCUGCUGAAAUAACCAGGAGCCGUUGUAUAAAACUCUUAAUCACUUUUUUAAUCACUAUUUUGUAGUUAAAUAGUGAUUAACUCUCAAAUACGCGCUUUUUAUUGGAUGACGUUUCCACUAACUAUAGUUAACUUUAAUCACUUUUUUAUACAAUCGGCCCCAGAUGUGUUAAGAUUCGUCACUAAAAAGAUUGCAUUCGUUAAUAUCAGGAUUUUGGACAUUCCUGCACUAAUGUUGAAGGAAUUCGUUAUUCGAUCUAGAUAUUUAAAAGCCUUUGACAGAACGGCAAAAGCCACGUGAGAAUUAGUGCAUUCACAAUAGAUUAACACUAAUUAAUAUGUAAUUUUUUUGGGUAAGAGAACAAGUUGCAAUGUUUUUCAGAAUUCCUUUGGAUUUGUGAUCCUUAUGUGCUCACCAAGAUGGCGCUUGAAACAGUCACGCCGUUGUUUCUGGAGCUUGCUUAUAACGUUGCCUGUAUAACCCUCAUAUUUCACGAUCACGGGAGCAGCCUCGCUUGUGUACACAGUUUCGUCUUCUCCGUAACCUUAGAAUAGAGAGCUUAAGAUGUGAUAAAUCUUGUAGUACGCGGACGUAACACAGAACAUUCCCUAAAUUCGCAGUGUCAGCAACACAGGUAACAAAUACGGAUUAUUUUUGUCAACAAAGAAGGAUACAGAUGAAAAACAAAUUUAUACUGGUAACAAAUCCAAAAGAAAAGCAUAAAUAACUCUCUUUUUGUCACGUCCACGUACUAUUUCUGGCGGAUUCUCUUUCUAGGAGGAAGUGUUAUCUAGGUUAUUUGUAAACAACCUUUGCGAGUCCUCUAAUGUAGCUCCUUAUGUCAGACCUCGUCAGGUCAUUAUACAUUAAUAAACAACAAUAAAACAUUAAUGGUAAAACGAUUGAAAAAUAUCAGGUGAAGCACGUUGUAUGCAUAUACAUCGUGAAUGAUACACAUUACACAUUGGAAAAAGAUUUGUGUAAAGGUCGUGUAUCAUCCCAUCAUGCAUCGCGAGUUGUCUAUGAUCACAUGUCUAUCCGUGGUGUACACUUCAUGACAUUUUACAUCGCAUCGUAACCGUUUGACGCUAAUAAUUGCAUGGUUUUCUUCAGAAUUUUUUACUGGGUCCGUUUUUUGUACAGAAGAUUGAGUUUACCAAGCAAUGAGUCUUGGGGCAUAUGUUAUCCGCCCUCCAGAUUCACAAUUGUAGCCUUUACAUGCCUUUGAUUUAAAUGUAGUGAGUUAAACAUGGUACAUAACACGUGUAUGCACGUUCUUGUUCGUUGUUUGUGAUGUUUUUCUUGCAUCUUGAAAUGAUAUUCAUGCUGUGUGUUUGUUUUUCCAUGAGAAAAACUAUUUCUAUGUCACAAAUUUAACCCUUCAUCUACUGCGACUGCAACUUUCGAUGGCACAACUGAGUUUCAAAACUCAACUCAAGAUAGACAUACAUCACAUAUUCAUAUAACAUGCAUGUUUAGGUAUGUUUUAAGUAUAGAUUUAGAUAAAAAGGGACAUGUAUAGCGCACGUAUAAGGAAGCAAAAAAACAACUUUAAAAGUCUUAUGUUUUGUAAUAUGUGUUGAAGAGUACGACAAACUGACACAAACAGUGUCAAACACAGUUUUUAAUUCAAUCUGUGUUGAUAAAAACAUCGCUUGCUUAGGCUCCCUAAUGUUGUAUAAAGUCGCAUGUUAUAACAUUGCAAGUUUUUCUUUCUCAUUGGUCACUACACUACCAUCUCAAAAACCAUCACUAAAAGUCCCACACUGUAAAUUUCAAGGAGUUGAAUCAACUUCAAAAGUAUGAUUCUUUCACCGUUCUUGAUGAGAGAUAACACUUUUAGAGUUAAUUCAACUCUUGAAAUUUACAGUGUAGGUAUCUAUAAGUGUAUACACCUACUAUAGAUAUUUAGGGUGCGAUAAUUCGAGAUUUUUAGUCGUACCUGACUGGUAUUCUAAUGACUAUUGCUUCGUGCUUGAGCUGGUACAAACUUAUACAUAAAGUACAGGUUUGUGAAAGGUAUUUAUUCAAUAACUUGAAACUACAAGUUAGAACGAGGACGACAAUUACAUUCACAAAACACCAGAAUUGACUCCAACAUUCCCAUCAGCCCGGUCAUAUUUCAUGCCCAGACAUGUCAGACGUACUUAUAUACCAUUAUGUAUACGGUUUUGAAUACCUUGGCCUUGGUAAGGUUCUAUGAUACCAGCAAAAUCCAAGUGCGCAGAUAGCAAGAGUUCCGCGUACCUGCGUUGUUGAAAACAAAGAAGUACCAGACCGUAUGGCAUACUUCCGGUACAUAUAAAGUAGGCAAAUUAUCGCACCCUGAUGUUAUGUGUUGACGUUUCGUUUGGCGUUUCGUUUGAAGGAUUUUUGAAAUAGAAGACGAAGGACCUUAGUUCCCGCAUCCAUGUCAGUGUCUGUAAUUCUGGCUAGUGGUAACGGUAAUGAAAAUUAAUUUUUAAUUCCAAAUUGACUUUAUUUUUCCAGGCUACGACUGAAAACAAUUCUUCAAAAGGCAUGGUCUCUGAGGUGAAAGUACUGAGUACAAAUGGAACAAAUGAUGAAACUUGGACAUCUAAGGUAAUUUGUUGUCCUUUGUGAAUUUUGAUUUGUGCCAUGCAGUCCUACAUUACCCACCUUCUUAGUUUAUAAAUUCAUUUGUUAGUUUCUAUUCAUAACUGAUACACUUAUAUGAAAUACAUGCAAUAACUGGAUUUGAUAUUCUUUACAGUUAAAUGUAUUUUAUUAUAUUUUCCUAAAAGGGAUGUUACACCGGAAAAUUUUCAACGACACUCGUAAUGCAAUUAACAUGUUGGUUAACAAAAUUAUUAGUAUUAUCAUUGAAAACAGUUAAAAAAUUAUCCCUAUGGGAAAACGUGUAUUUUGUCGAGCAACAGAAAUAUUUGUGACAGGAUUUAAAACUUACUAGAGUCCGAGAGAGGUACUGAUUUCUUCUUUAAAGAAGUCGUACACACUUUUUUCAUAUACAUGUACGUACAUAAGCACGAAAUGAGCCAACAAAACUGUAUAGAUCUUCCCCUUAAGGUGGCUCGACAUCGUUGUCAAAACGUCAGGCGUAUAAUAGUUUGACAGUUUUAAACAUCCUAUUUUUAGGUUUUAUGCACCAGAUAUCAGGAUGUUCAUCUAAUGUUUCUUUUUUCACAUUAUGUCAGUUUUGGUAACACAUAGUUCGUUACUAUGGCGACACACUCGUACGAAAAUCACUCUAAAAUAACCUAUUGCUUUGUUUAUAGUUGGAAAAGAAGCACGGUGACCCCCAAUUUUUGCACUGUUUUACUUACAACAUAGCCUAUAAACAAUAAGAAAAAAAAUCAGAAAAUUGCCAUUUAAAAAAAUAACAUAAAAAUGUCGUUUUCUGCGAUAAAACAUUUUUGGCAUUGCAUUUUUUUGGUAUAUUGAAAGACUUUUGCAAUGUUUUUUUUUAAAAAAAUUGACAUUCCAAAUGACGUCAGCAAUUGGCAUGCAAUGCGUUAUAAAACAGGUACAAUGGCGCGAGAUGGCGUGAGCAAGUCGCCACGUCAGGUUAUGGGAAUGGAAGCCAUGCCUGUAUAUUUAGUUUUUUUGCAGGUAGCCAAAAAAAUUUUGCGAUUAGUUUGUGGAAAAUUUUAAGUAUUUUCUUAGUUAGUAUGCAUAAAAACUUCAGAGUUCAGACAAGGAUUGCAGUUAGCUUCAAACACUUGCAGGUAGCGCCACUACCUAGGAUACCCUGUUUUGACAGGCAUGGGAAGCCCCUUCUUUAAUACUCCCGGACACAUGAACGGUCACGCGGACCUGUUCAUAUAGCAUAACAUUUUGUUUUCACGAUUCUUGUAUAAGGGAUUUUGUAUUAAAUAAUAUAUGGAGCCACCUUAAACAGAUCUUAUUCUCUAUCGAAUAAUAAAUUUUUUCCCAUUGUGAUUACGUAUAUUCCAGGACAACGAUAUGAAAAGCGAGAUAGCGAAGAAAGAUUUAGAAAUUGAAGAUUUAAGAACUCAUCUUGAAACUUUACUUGAUGAAGAAGAAAGAGAAAAACGACUUUCAUCUUGUAGUGACUGUAAGAUUCACUAUAUUGUCUUUUGUUAUCUAUGCUAGCGUGGUUUAUUUACAACUACAAGUCUUAAUUAUUACCCUGGGUGCCAGAGGUUCUUCCACGCUCGUAGGGAGGAUAAUGAGGGAUACACGAGGAUUCAAGCUGGGAAGCGGCGAGCGGGAAGAACUUCUGGAACACUUCUAUGGCUUUUACUGUUUUAACUGUCACAUGUCAAUCAAACGUUAGCCAAUAGGACACGUAUUUAUUUUUGACUGAUGAUGAUUUGGGCGUGUUCAACCGAACAUUUAAGCGAUGGAAAUUGCGACAGAUUAAAAUUAGCGAGUCUUUAUAGUAAAAUAAACCCGCGAAUAAUAUUAUAUGGCCACAUGGCAUUAGACCGUACACCUGUUAAAAGUGUUACAAAAAAGCGGAGACGAGUAUAUUGUCGAAUUUGUGGUGAAUUUGUUAUUCACAGUGGGUAUUUUAGUAUAUACAGUAAAAGGAUCGUCGCCUCGGUAGAUUGAACUUUGAAGCAUUUCUUGUUCAUCAUAUAAUACAAUAUAUUUCAAAUGCAAAGCACAUACAUUUAUACACAUACAUUCGAUCUCGGGCGGCCGAGUUAACAAAUACCCGAACAUCUUUUGUUUAAUAUGGUAACUAUUCAUCUCGCCGAAGGCAAUAUCUCGCCUCUUUCUGCCGGGAACUCGUCACUGGCGAGUUUAUACUCUUUAGUACAUGUAAACAGUCCCCCGGGUUUACUACUGUACAGUGGCGUGCUGGCACGGGGGGCCACGGCACGAAGCGAUCACGGGAAUUAUGCCCUUUUUUGCUGGUAUUAUACCCUUAUUCUUAUAUUAUGCCCUUUUUUAUGCUUCACGAAUCACGAGAGUGGCGCAAAUUAGAUAGUUGAAGUUAUGAUAACGUAAAGUUGUACUAGUUGUGUACGCAAUUUAGUUGUUUGCGCAAGAAACAUCAUGAGUAAUGUAAGUAAUGAGAUAAUGCUGAAACGCGCCCUUUUGGCAGCCUUAAAAUGCGUAUGCGUGGGGUCCGUGUGUUAUUGUAUAAAAGAGCUGUUAGGGGCUGAAAACCUUCCCUGGGCCACGAAAAUCUUCCUUGGGCCGCAAAAUGAGUUUUAAAUCGGGUUUAGGAUGAUUUUGCAUCUAUACUAAACCAAUUAUUUAUCGCAAAUUUAUUUUACGCGAGUUUUAAAACCACAGUAAGGUCCUAAACAAACGAGUCAGCCCGGUUAACCGGGCCAGCUCGGCACCAUGUAAUCAGCCCCUAAGUUGUAAAUGUAUUCAGAUAAGUAGAGACUGAAUAUAUAAAUUGGGAUUAGAUUAAUUGUUGGAAGUAGUUAGCAUUUCCCAAUUUAAGUACUACUACCGCUAACUUCUAACCAAAUUGCAAAUUUCGACACGUUAUAAUCCCGUUUCCUGACCAUCAGAUUUCUGUCAAAUCUUCCCCCAAAGUCCAGGAAAUGGCAUUUCAGAGACUCUAACAUUAUAAGGGCGCAUAUCGGUUGCCAGCCCACUGCCCCCCCCUAGAAAAAAUAGUACCCAGCACGCCACUGCUACUGUAUAAGUUUCUAUAAUAUAGCCGGGAUCUUGUCGUUGACGAGUAUAAACUCGACUUGCCGGGUAAUUCGCCUCGAUAUAAAUAAGCCUAUAAAGACUCCCAUCUUGUCUUGACAUGCUUGAUUACUAGACAGCCACGCACACGAAAUUCCCUCUUGGCAAUAUAGCAAACAUAUCACGGCGAUGCAUUAACUGAAACACAGAAACAAGGCAUCAUCUUGAUGUUUAUUUAGUUUUGUAACACCGUCCAGUAAAAAAAAUCAAAAUCGAAUCAACCGCGACCGAGUUGUUGAAAUCCUCUCGCAAGACUCGCAAAACUAGAGUCAUAUAUAUUUACGCCUGACUAUGUUAUAAAUAUAAUAUUAUUAUAUUAAACAACAGCGUAUGCCCGUACGGAUUCUGAACGAUAAUAUCUUGAAGGACAUACGGUUCAAACAGCCAAUGAAAGUCAUUGUUUUAACAAGUCCCUGCCGUUAACCAAUUAACACUGUGAUCCAGAUUCUGGAUCACUUCACACUAUUAGGCAUCGUGAUUGGUGCGGUUCGAUCUGAGAAACCAUAGAAGUGUUCCAGAGGUUCUUCCCGCUCGCCGCCGUCCAGCUUGAAUCCUUGUGUAUCCCCCUACGAGCGUGGAAGAACCUCUGGCACCCAGGGUAAGUCUUUAUUUAAACUAGUAGAAAUCCCUCAGCAGAGGUCGGUCUUCUACUACAACUACCAGCUUUCAUUCAAAAUCUUUGUAAAUCAAAAGCUUUGUGCAGUCCAAACGUACCCAAUUAAACCCAAAAGCAAUUAAACCCAAAUGCAAAUUAUCUGCUUCAGGCUUUGAGCUAGGAUUCUGAAAGUGGGUGGCCAAUUUGGGCGACACCUUUGGAAAACCUUUCAAUUUUGCAUCUCUUAAACGUACAGUAUUAAUGUUUUACAGUUCUUCGUGUCAGCAUCUACAAAAUUUAUUAAAGUACAAUCAAUUUUCCUUUUCCCCAGAAUUUUGAGCGUCCAUGCUCAAAGGCGUCUAUUUUUCGUUGUAAGGUUCCCCUUCUGGCUAAAAGCCAGCUCUGCUUCCAAAUGUUUAGAAAUUGCUACAAAUGUUUCACUGUCCCGUUUUUAUUUUUUUAUUUUUAGCUGGAAAUAAUUUAAGUAUGAAAGUGCAACUUAGAGAAAAAGGUAGUAGCACGUAUGAUUUACUUUGUACAGUGUAUGUCGUGUAAAGUAGUUGAAGUAUAUUAAUACUAUAAAGUUACUGGUAGCAUCCUUGUAUAGGAUGUACGAUGCUGCAUGCCUGUGUUUGUAUAUUGAGUCGCCAACUUGAAAUCAGAAAAAAAAUUCGUUUGUGUAUAUUUACAGUAGGUCAAAUAAUUGCGAAGAAAUUAAGGCCUCAUUUUGUGUCCUGUAGAACGGUGGAAAAUUUGAUAAAUUUAAGGGGCAACAAAAAGUGUGAUUAACCAUUUCUUAAAACAUAUAAACACGUUUUCUGGUUUAUGAGCCUAUACUUACUGUAUACUUUGGAGCGAAAUGUUUGUGUUAUAUUCCAAUGAAGAAAGUUCUUGAGAAAUAGUUUUAAAUUUCGUAAUACCCUACUCAUAUAGACUGUAUAACAUGACAUUCUCUUUUCUAUUGUGAUUCAGCAUCAGAAGUGAGUAGAUUGAAAAUCAAGACAGAAAAACUAAAAGAAAUAUUAACAGAAAAAGAAAGACAGAUAGAAGAUCUAGAGAAGCGACUUCAUGUAAAUACCUCAAGUGUAAGUCACACGUGGAGUGUAUAUGUAAUAUAUUGCCCAAAUAUUCUCUCAUAAUUGCGAGUUGUGAUCACCAGGGGCCGCUUGUAUAAAAAGGUAGUUAAAGUUAUUAGAGUUAGUGC